AUGGAAUUUAAGAAAGAAAAGCCUAAAGCUACUUCACAAAGAUUUAAAAAGAUAACUUAAAAACUUGGAAUCCAGUCACUAAAUAAAGAAGAAAGAUUUGAAGAAGGAAUGAAAGAUUUCCAUAAUUUAGAUACUUUUUUCACAGUCACAGAUUUAUUGAAGGACAUGAACAAAGAUUAACCAACUCCAGAAAGAUAAGCAUUAUUUGAAAGUUAAUAAACUUUAAUUAAAACAAAAUUAAAACUUAAAAAAUGGAAGUCAGAAUACCCUGAUUAUUUAAAGUUUGAAGAGAAACCACCUCAAACUUAAUUUAGAAAUAAAGUACCUCUUUUGCAGAAAGCUAAAACUCAUUUGAAUUUAGAAAAAUAUGUACCAUAAUUAAGUAAAGAGGUUGAAAAUUUAUCCUCUUUAUUAAAAGAUAAAUUUUAAAAUGUUGAUUUGAAGGAAUAUCCAUAACUUUAAUUAUUUUAAGAAAUUAGCCAGUUCGAGGAUUAAAGGAUAAAAACAGAAUUUAAUGAAAAUUUGAGGGAUAGUUAUUGUAAAGAAAGAAUGUCUUUAAAAUUAGAAUAGUUUGAAUAAAAACCAACUGUCUCUUAUGAUACAUACUAUAGAAACUAUCAUAAUUAGGCUGAAUAAUUAAGAAAUAGACUUCGUUAAUAAUAAAUGAAUUUUUUUAAUUAAAAAUGGGGUAAUUCAGUUGUAAAAAUGAAAAUGAAAGAAGCUUAGGAUAAAAGAGGAUUCUUAGAAAAAGCAAAAUAAACUAGAAGACCAGCUGUAACUAAAAAAGUAGUUUUACCUUAUUUAGCCCCUGUUAUCAAAAAUAUUAUAACUGAUAUUUGUAUUGAAGAAGCUGAAAUGAUGGAACAAAAAAGAGAUUUUAAAAAAGAUAUUAAAGAAUUAGCAAAGAUAGGUUCAGAUUUUUAUGAUCCUAAACCUGAGCCAUAAAUUAUGGGAUUAAGAAUUAUUAAUUCUUGA